AUGAAGUCCUCUGAUGCCUCGUCUGAGGCUGCAUCUGAUGAUCAAUUUUACCGAGUUCCCCCUCCACAACAAAACGACCUAGUUCGGAGGCUAGAGCCUUCUUGGUCAGGACCAGCUAAAGCCUUCGCUGACGAUGAACCUCUCCCCUCCACCUCACCCACUCAAGCUUCUGGCUCCCAGCAGGUGACAUUCAAGACUCAGACAGAGACCUCUGCUAUCUGUGCUGCCGAAUCACGCCCACAAUUUCCUGUUCUUGUCAGCAUUCGGGCACCACCUCUUCAAGAUCCUGAUGGCGAAGGCCGUACACCGAUUGACCUUGUUAUAGUUCUGGACGUAAGUUGCAGCAUGGAAGGAAAAAAACUUGAACUUGUCAAGCAAGCUGUCAAAUUUGUGAUAGAAAACUUGGGGUCUUCAGACAGACUCUCGAUAGUUACAUUCUCAACAACUGCUAGAAGAGUAUUUCCCCUCAGAAGAAUGUCUGUUGAAGGCCGUGGAGAUGCCAUCCGAGCCGUCGACUCUCUUAGAACAGAUUACAUGACCAAUAUUGCGGCAGGCCUCAAGAUAGGAGCUCAGAUACUUGAAGAACGAAGGGAAAAGAACUCAGUUGCUAGCAUCAUCCUCUUAUCUGAUGGCCAAGAUAACUGUUCAAGCCAAAGCGAAAUGUUGAAUAAUUUGCCUUCUUCUAGCGACAUGCAACAGGAAAUUCCAGUCCACACAUUUGGGUUUGGCAAUGACCAUGAUCCAAAAACCAUGCAUGCUAUAUCUGUUGCAUCAAGGGGUACCUUUUCGUACAUUGAAUCGGUUGGCAUGAUACAAGAUGGUUUUGCUUUGUGCAUUGGUGGUCUUCUCAGUGUUGUGGCUCAGGAAGUUCGCCUCACAGUAAGGUCAGCUUCAAGUGGGGUGAAGAUUGUAUCAAUUCCAUCGGGGAGACAUGUGAAUGAGAUUUCGGAUGAGGGUAAGCAAGGUGUUGUUAAUGUAGGAAAUAUGUAUGCAGAAGAGGUGAAACAAUUUCUGGUGUAUCUCUUAGUUCCACCAUCCUCAGCUUCAGACACCAAAACAUCAUUGUUAGACGUGUCAUGCGCAUACAAAGAUCUAGCUUCGGAUGAGUUGAUCCAGGUCCAAGGUGAAAGAGUAGAGAUUUCGAGACCAGGGUCUUGUUCUUCUGCAGAAUUGGCAGUGUCUUUGGAGGUUGAUCGGCAGAGGAAUAGACUUUUGGUGGCCGAUGCUAUUGGAGAGGCUCAGAGGUUGGCUGAAAUGGGAAAUCUGGAGGGUGCACGCGAGGUUUUGACUCAACGAAGAGAAACUCUCUUAACAUCAGCAGCAGCCCAAGCUGGGGAUAAUCUCAGCCAUUCAUUUGAAAUUGAGCUCAGAGAAGUCAUGGACAAGAUGGGGAGUAGGGAGUUGUACGAAGACGCAGGGCGUGCUUACGCUUAUGCAGGAAUGAGUUCCCAUUCAUGGCAGAGGGCUUCAGCUAGGGGUAACGCUAGAGGCUCAUGUCUCGCUGCGGGUUUUAAAGCUGCCAAGGGAGGCGCCAAGGGUCACCGUUUUGGUGCCAGGGGUUGUGGUGGAGGUGGAGGUGGUCGUGGUCGUGGUGGCGGUGGUCGUGGUGGCGGUGGUCGUGGUGCCUCCGGGGGUCACACCAAAAGUAGGCUGUUAAAUGAUGCUUUGUUAUACGGUGACGAAGACGAAGCUGAUGAGUGUGCUGACGCUGUUGGUGCUUUUGAAACACCCGCCAUGGUUAGAAUGCAUUUCCCGUUCGAUGAGUGA